AUGGAGUCCUCAACCUUCAAUUCAAAUCCAAAUCUCCAUCGGACCACCACAUCAAACACCACAGAAACGGAUAUAGACUCCACCUCCCUCUACUCCGAACACGCCGCUCUCCUUUUCCCUUCCAAAGAUGGCACACAACCCGGUUUCGCACCCGAACAAUCAUUAUCACGCGGCCUACAAAUCCCAUCAAAAACUUCUCGGCUCACCUCCGGCUUCGAAUAUCCCUCCGUCCUAGGGUCUAACUACAACAUCACAAAAGAAGAAUGGGAGACAUUCACGCAUGAAAUUACAGAAAGCGCAAAACUAUCGUCAUCGCAAUGGUCGACCGUUAUUGGGGCUGGGCUGGGUGUUAUGGCCGUGGGUGGCAUGAUGCUGGGAUUUUUCGGGGCAAUUCCAGCUGUCAUGGUCGCGAGAAGGAGAAGGGCGACGCAGGAGAGUAAGAAUUUGGCCCGAGCAAUGGGGUAUCCACCACAAGCUACAGAAGACAGAAAACAGGCCGAGGAAGAGGAGAUAGGAGAGAAGGAAACAGCUCUAUCACUCAAAAUCAGUGAAUGGAAUGAGAAAUUCUUUCAACCGCGCGGAAUCAUGAUUCGGAUUGAUAUGCCUUAUGACAUUUCUGCCGUCGAGGAUGGGAUUGAUGUAACCACCACUGGCACCACUACAACAAGCGGCGGAAAGAAGAAAUCAUCACUCAGAUUCCCGUCCCCAGUAUCAUCGCGGCAGGGCUCAGUAUCCUCCUCAGCGUCGAUAGCAGAUGACAAAUCCGAGCGCGCAAAGAAGCGGUACGAGGCAAGCCAAAGAUGCAGAAUUGUGAUAAUUCCGAUAAAUCAACGGCCGGAUUCGCUUAUUAGUCAGGCGACUACUUUGGCGGGAGAGAGUCCAUAUAUACCUGCUGUUUAUGAGUGA